CUCCCUUUCCAUUCUUCCUGUACGAGAGGAAACCCUCGUUCCUCUCAGGAACGCGAUCCUCGUCUCUCCUUCUGGCGAUUGCCGUUUCCAGAAGCUCCCAGGGAGACUCUGGAUGCGGCCAUGGAGAAUCCUGGGCCUGAAGGAGAGGUGCUCUGCACUACCGAGGCGGAGGAGGAGACGAGCUUCCUCCACAAAAAGAGAUCGAGGCGGGUGAGCUUCGCCGACACGACCUCCGUCCAUGUGUUCGAUCGCGACGAGGACUUCGAGACGCCGCCAGAUCCUAAGCCUAAUUCGGAUAACCCUGAGGGAUUGAAGCAGGUCCCCCAGGCUGGCAAAGCGUCGACGGAGAAAGAGGCGGGUGGAGACGACGAUGACUCCAGGGAAGCUAAUGGAAACUGCGAUGCUGAGGAUAUCGAGCGAUUUGUGCUUGAAAUGCAGUCUCCUGGAAGUGCAAACGGAUCGGCGACGUCUAAUGAGGAGGAUAAGUUCUUUGGACCAGUUUCAACAAGUUUCAUCAGAUCUAGGGCAUUGCUUGAUUCACCAGCUGCUGAUGAUAUUACUCUAGACUCAACAGCAUUCUCUAUGCAAUUUGCGAAGCUUUUGCACUCUCGGGAAAUCACAAAGACCUCAUCUGGAUUUUGUCUCACAAGUGACUGUGAGAAAACACCUACUGAAGAUUCAUCCUUUAUUACUUCAGGUAAUAGAAUGGUGCUUACCAAUGACAAGAAGGUGGAAAAUAAUCCCUCUAGCACCAGUCCCAACCUUGAUGCAGACACUAUUUGUAACGAGAUGAGUCUGGUGGUGGAUGAACCAAAGAAGUAUGACUAUACAAGGUUUUCACCCAGAUCAAAUGCAUUGCUUGUUGAUUAUUACAAGUAUUUUCCAACCAGUCCAUGCCAACUUCCGGAAGGGAAUAAUCAACUAAAUGGUUCUGUGGAUUCAAGCAUCAAAGCUGACCCCAAAUAUACAGAUGACAGUGAAAAAGUUAAAAGCAUUUCUAGUAGAUCACAAGAAGUUGAUGGGAGCAAGCUUCACCACAUAGACCAUAACAACCCGUUUAUGCAUACACCUAUCGUAAAAUCACUUGGUACAGGGGGUCCUUCUUUUGAAACACUGCCUCAAAUAAAUACUGCUCCUGAGAAUUCUGGCAAUCAUAUUGACACUGUAGGAGUUGUGGCUGAAGCAAAUCAAUCACGUAAGAAGUCAUCUGAUGUUAAUAGUGGUGUUUGCCUAGAUGUCAUGGGUUUGAUGGAUCAGGAAUUGCAGAGAAACGAACAUGAAGACUUAGUGGCUGCAAGGGGCAAGAUUUCUUCUCAGUUAUCCUCGCCAAGUCCCAUCUCACAUGUUUUGCCCUUCCAGUCUACAAAUAGAAAAGGGUAUUUACAUUCAUUGGUUAAUGAUGAAAAUUUGAAAUCAGAAUAUAGUGGAAGUGCUAGCAUGGCUACUGCUGAUUUGUCCUCUGGCAGGAAGAAAAUUAUUUUCCCAGAACAGGAAGAUGAGGCAGUUCUUUCCUCUGGAAAAUCGGCAUCAUCACUGGCUUCCAAGACAGAGCACUCCCAUCAAAUGCCCAGGAACUUUGUUGACCAUCAGACCUUGGAUGAACCAGAAGAUAAUUUCCUUAGACUUACAAGAGUGAUCCAUUCUCCUGACAGUGGAAUGCGUUCACCAAUUUCUAGCCCUAAACUUAACUGGGAGAGUGAAACUCCAUUGUCGCGAAUGUCAUCCUUAUUUGGCUCUGGAAAGCAUUUUCUUCUAAGCAACACUUUCAGUCCAUCAUGCAAUAUAGAAAUUUCAACCCCAUUUUUGGAUAAGGCUACAAGAGAGCAUACUGAUGAUAGACUUAAACUUACAGAAGGAAAGAAAGUUACCACCCCAUAUCCAAUGUUGACUUCAUCAUACAGAAAGUAUGGACCUAAUCACUCAACACCUGAAUUGACUUUUUCAGGCCCUGACCAUCCUAUAAAAGUUGUACAGAAGGAACUUAAUGAAGGCUCUUUACCAAAUAACAUAGAUCCUUCUAAUACUAGCACAGAGAGUUAUCCAAUGGAAUUAGAACCUGAAAACAAGCAACUCCAGGAUAGGCCUGGAAGCAAUUGUCCUGAACUGUUAGAGGAAAAACUGGAAUCUCUAUCUGGACAGUUUAUAAAAAAGAAUUCUCUGAUUAACACUGAUCAGAAUAUGGCUACCACUCCAGUAUCAUGCCCAAGUGAGGCACCAAGAUAUAUGCAGCAAUUGUCAUCACUUGGAAAUUCGAGCACAUCUUUAAGGGUUUCGGAUGGGCAUAGUAAUCUAGAUAUGUCAAAAGAUGGAUUAGGCAAAGUCACCCGACUCUUUGAUUUUUCUGAGGAACAGAAAUGUGCAGUUGAUGUUGGUCACUGCCAAACCAUCCCAUCAAGUCAUGGGUCCUCCUGUCAUGAUCUCUCCCUCAGAGAUGAAGAUAUGGUUUCUACCUUUGUUGCAGAGCCAAAUUUGUCCAAUUUGAAAGCCCUAAAUGUGAGAAGGCAGUCACCUUGUACUACUCCUGAAUCGCGGAAGAGGAUCGCAUUGCCAACUCUAUCCAGGAAGCAGAGCUCUGUCUCGCAAUUGCAGGUUGAUGAUUUGCAUGGUGACAGCAUUCCAUCUGUAAAUACAAUGAGUUCCUUGCAUGAGUUUGAUGGCACUGGAAGAAAAAGAAAAAAAGUUGAGGUUCUUAAUGCAGAGACAUCUUACAAGAAAACAAAUAGUGAAGGGGUUCUAGUUGGACAGGUCAAUCAAAGUAAGGAAUUAUCUCAUUCUUCUGAGGAUCAUGCAUCUUAUAAUAGGGGAAGAAGAAAAGUGGGUAAUGGGACUACAACAAGGCUCGUGAAUUGUGGUUCUUCAUUGUCAGACGUAUUUGGGAUGCAGUCAUUUCCAAUUUCGAGAAUGAGAUAUAAAGAUCUUCAUCAGCUGGAAGAUAUGCUGGAAGAACUGCAGAAGGUCAUAAAGUACAGAAGGCUAUCUUCUAAGUUUCAGCCCCAGAAAGUGCAGGGUCAAAUGGAGAGUUCUAAACAUCAAAGGAUUGUGGAAGCAAGAUUGCUUUGGUUAGAGCUAGUUUAUGAACACUUAAAAUUUCAGAUUACACAGAUGAAAAGCAAUAUGUUACAAAAAAACAAAGAGCAGCUGCAAUUGGGUGUUCAGGAAUGUCACAGACUGAAACUGAAUCCAUUGAGGAAUCCUAGUGCACUUGUGCCAAAUGCUCAGAUUAAAGAAUCUCAGGGUCAGUCUCCUUCAGUCCAUAAGGUCAAGUUCUUGAGGCAAGAACUGAGUGCCCUUGAUCAAAAAAUGAAGAAUCUGGCGGAAUCACUUCAUAAGCAUUGUAAGAUAAAAGGUUCUCCUGACCCUGACGAGACCCUUUUGUUAGUAAAUGAUUAUGUCAACAAGAAGAUUUGUUGCACUCAGAUCCAGCAAGAUUUGCAGCUAUGGAAGUUGGAUAACAUAGAUACUAGUCAUGAUAAACACACCAUAGUUCUCAAGUAUGGAGGUUUUCUUAGCCAAAGGUUGUCUAUUGACUUUAGUGGUGCAUCAUCCAGUGUACAGGCCAUGUAUUCCAUUCACAACUCAGACAUCAACAUGAUCUUCCCGAGCAUGAAUGCAUGCAUGGCUUUCAGCUUCGUUUUCGGUGUUGACCAUGUUCGGACUCUUCAGGGUCCAACAUGUGUCCAACAAGAGGCACAGGUUGCUGGCCAUCUCUUGGGUAAUCUGCUUGAUGUGCUGGAGGAGGUUCAGUUGGCAAGGAUGCAUAUUCCAUAUUUGCUGCGUGCCAAUUUUGAUUGUCCGGCUGCUGGAAAACUUGAACUUUGUCUUUUUUUUAUUGAUUACAACAUGGAACAGAAAGCUACUGUGGUGCUUAAUGUGACAGAGCUGAAACGCGCUGUGUAUCCCUUUGAUGUCAUCCCAUCCAAGCUUCAUAUCCAAAGUUCGGGUGUGCCAAGAUCAGAAUCUCUAAUUUAUUCAGAGAUGAUGCAUGCAAUUCAAAAACUAAAAUUUGGUAAUUCAAGGAUCAGCAGGAUAUGCCGAGUUGUCUCCCAACAGCUUGGUAAAUCAAAUGGCUAGGUAAUUCGGUUUCCCAAAAGGGCUGUUAUAAACUUGUAACAUUUCACUCGACAACAAAGGAUAAGAUGGAUGGCAAAAUUAAUUUUGUAUCAUGAUCAUUAUAUGUAUUUUCUUCGGUUUUAUAAUUGUCUAUUAGUUAUUUUGAUCAUAAAAUAUGUUGGGACUUCUCAUCAUGUAACGUCGUGGUAUGAAUGAAAGCACCGUCUUGUUACUGGGUUGAUAACUAUAAUGAAAAAAAAUUUAA